AUGACCGUUGUCCUGUUGACCACUGACCUCCUGUUGUUUCUCCUCACCCUCACUGUCCCCUGCCACGAGACUGGUGCGGCGAUGUUGCUACAACCAGUGCCGCCAUCGUCGUCGCAUUCGCGUGCAGCCGGCCAAAUACGUGCUCGCCUCGUCACGCAGCUACUGUCGACUCCGUCGUUGGCCACUGCCGCCGCUAGCCGUCGCCAGGUACGUCGUCUUUCGGUGAUCAUCAUGCGGUGCUCGUUGUCGCGUCCUGCGUUCAUCUGA